GGAACCUCGUGGAACCUGGUGGUUAGUUGACCACGGCGAUUCUUGUCAUAACACCCGUCCAUCUAACGAACAUGUCGUUUCUCCCCCAGCGAUCGUGGCAGUUUUUACGGCUGGCACGCUGAUCAACCGGGACAAGAGGGCCCAUAUAUUUAGAACACCAUGCGUCGAGUCACAGCUGCUCAGGGACGAGCGCGAAGAGCAGAAGUCGGAUGACAAGCGUCCUACGAUCCAGACACGAGUCCUCGCACACUUCCCUUUCCUGCUGGAGAUAUGGUACUGGUUACUGACGUAUUGGAUCUACCAAGGACUCCGAGCCGUCUCCGCGAGAUUGAUCGCCGGAAAUAAGCCCAUCUUUGACACCGCUGAGCGCCAUGCGCACCAAAUCCUCGCCCUGGAACAUAUAUUGCACGCAGACGUAGAGCUAUCCGUUCAGCGAUUCGUCCUGGAACGUACGCCCUGGUUGAUGUCCUUGCUGGCUCGCGUAUACUACUCCCACAUUGUGAUCGGAGUGCUGUUUCUCGUAUACAGCUACACGCUCUACCCCCGCGACAAGUACCAAGGCAUCAGACGUGCUCUUGCCCUGGAGAAUAUCAUCGCCUUUACGCUCCUCACACUGUGGCGCUGUGCACCCCCGCGUCUGCUCCCCGAGGAAGACGGCUUCAUCGAUGUUCUUCACAGCAGCAGGGGCGGGUCCGCAUGGACACAGAACAAGUUCCAGCUGACCAUAGCAGCGAUGCCGUCGCUUCACUUCGGGAACUCGGUGCUGAUCGCUCUGUGUCUGUGGAGGUUCAGUCCGCACUGGUACAUCCGGGCCGUGGCGCCGAUGUGGCCCCUCAUGAUGGGAUUGACUAUCGUCGCGACUGCGAACCACUUCCUUCUUGACGCUUUGGUUGGGGCUGGAGUCACGCUGACUGCGUACCGGUUCAAUGCGGCGAUGCUGUAUCUGCUGCCGGUCGAACGCGUGCUCUUUUGGCUGUUUCGAAUUGAGAAGCCAGUAUAUCAAGGAUGAAUCAUGGAUGAUGGGACAUGAUGCUUGUUUCACACACUUUUCUAUCUUUCUUAUGCAUUGGUACGGGCUGCAGAAGCUAGGUCGCUGCCCUAGAUAGAAAUUUUAUUCAUAUACGGAGUAACUCCGAGGGUAUAGUAGUAGGUUUAUAUAGAGAAUCACUAGGGAGUAGUAAGCCAAGCUGUUACCGAGAUCAAA